AUGGAGGAUGCAGAAGGGAGUAAUCUCUUGUCGGUUGACUUGCGCAACUGGUGCAGAGGCGAAGGUAUAGACCCUGCUCAUGCUGUAAUGUUAACUGGUAUAAGAGAAGACACUGAGAUAGCACAUAUUGAGGAAGCCUUGCAUGGUAUUAAAGUUUUAGGAUGUGUCCAAGUAAGGGGCAAAAUGUACAGCCCUACACAGAGGAGUUUAAAGGUGCUUUGCGAAUGCCAAGCUGAGGUGGAUACAGAAGCACUCCCCCCAGAAGUCUUACCUAAUGGUGGGGAGGGGGGUGUUUGGAAACUAGUGACUACCAAUAGAGUGGGUGGUAGCCCAGAAAGUUUCGCUGAAAAAUUUGAAAAACUACUUAAAGAUGAAGGGAUGACUAUGGACAAUGUACAAGCUCUGUACAUGCGUGAUAAGUCUGGUCAAAGUAACCCAGAGUCUAUUAUUCGGGCUGUUGGGGAGCUGAUAGGAAAGACAGUCAGGCCCUCAAAUGAAAAUAAUGCCUAUAGGCGUUUAAGGGUUUUUUCUGGUGUGAGUCCCACACCUGCAGGUGAAGAAGGCUUAGAUGUUUGGGCUGAUCAAGCAAGGCUUAUGGUGGAGGAAUGUGACUGCUCCGAUAGAGAAAAACGGAGGAGGUUGAUUGAGAGUCUGAAAGGGCCAGCUUUAGAAGUCAUUCAAGCCGUAAGAGUGGCUAAUCCUGAUGCUCGGCCUGCAGAAUAUAUUGAGGCUGUAGAAAAUAUAUUUGGGACAACUGAGUCAGGGGAAGACUUGUACAUUGCAUUUAGGAUGCUACGUCAGCAACGAGGGGAACUAUUGUCCGCGUUCCUUAGGAGGUUAGAGAAGUUGCUUGCUAAAGCAGUGCGGAAAGGAGGGAGAGAAAGCCAAACCCCCCCAUCUUUUUUGAAGCUGCUCACCGAAAUUCGUGAGGAGGAGGAAUGGGAAGAUUGUUGGAUAAAGAGAAAGAGGGCAGGCAGG